AUGACUUCAGAAAACAAGAAGGAAAUCUCCCUAGCAAUCCUAGACGACUACGCAAACGCAGCACCCAAACACUUCCAACACCUCCUCUCCAACCUCCAAAUCUCCUCCUUCCCCCAAACCCUUAACCCUUCCUCCUCUCCCCAAAAUCUCGAAACUCUAGUCCAGCGACUCGAAGAGUUUGAAAUAAUCUCCACAAUGAGAGAACGCACUCCAUUUCCCAAAGAAUUAUUACAGAGAUUACCGAAGUUACAAGUCUUGCUUACGACGGGAUUGAGGAAUUCUGCAUUGGAUUUGGAUUUUGCAAGGGAGAAGGGGGUUUUAGUUUUAGGGAGUCGAGGGGAGAGGAGAUCUCCAAAUCAAGAUGAUGAAGAGGAGGAGGAAGAAGAAGCAGGGGAAGAAGAACUACCGCCUCCAAAAGGCUGGUCAGCAGUAAAUCAACACACCUGGGCUUUACUUUUAAGUCUCUGUUCCCGAAUCCCCCACGACGACCGAUCACUGAAAACCUCCCCGAAAUCUUGGCAAUCUGGUCUAGGGAUUUCUCUAGCGGGGAAGACUUUAGGAGUAGUGGGAUUGGGGAAAUUAGGCAGUGCCCUGGCCCGAACGGCGAUUUUGGGGUUUGGAAUGCGAGUUUUGGCUUGGAGUGAAAAUCUCACGCAGGCUAGAGCUGAUGAUGUUAUUGCUAGGGAAGGAUUACCGGGGGGAGCGAUUAGAGUUGUGGGAAAAGAGGAAUUGUUCCGUAAAGCGGAUGUUGUGAGUUUACAUCUUGUACUUGGUGAGAGGACGCGAGGGAUUGUUGGGGAGAGGGAGUUGGGGUUUAUGAAGAAGAGGGGGAUUUUGGUUAAUUCUUCUAGGGGAGGGCUUGUGCAUGAGGGGAGUUUGGUGGAGGUUUUGAAGAGUGGGGGGAUUUGGGGGGCUGCUUUGGAUGUUUUUGAUCAGGAGCCGCUGGGGGAGGGGAGUGUUUGGAGGGAAUGUGAGGGGUGGAAGGGGAUGGUUGUUUUGAGUCCGCAUAUGGGGUAUGUUAAUUCGGGGACUAUUAAUCGGUAUGUCUUGUUGUGUUUCCUUGUUGAUGCAGUGGAAGAGGUUUACUGA